UGCUUGGUCAGCUUUUUCAAUUGUUUGGGUCUUUUCUCGGCUCUAAUCCAUAUAAAGAAAAAUGUCCCACGUCAACGUUUUCAUUCUAGGUCUUUUUCUGGUGAUUUCUCAGCAUGUCCGAGCAAGCACUUGCGACUCUGAGAGCGUCGAGGAUUCGCCAAAUAUUAAUGCGCCGGAAAAUUCGAUGGUUUUAGAAGAUUCACCUCGACUCCCUACUAAUAAUCCCUGGCUACCGUACUACUACUACACAACACCAAUGGCGCCUCAAUUUGCAAUACCAGCAGUGAGCACGAAGGUCACUCCAGCGUUCGUUCCGUUCACAAGCUGCACGUCACCCAAUAACGAAACGGGCAUUUGUGCAGAUAGCAUCGCGUGUAAUAGAUACGGUGGACGAGCCAGUGGGUCUUGUCUUGGAGGUCGCGUUUGUUGCAUCAAUAUUGUUAGCAACACCUGCGGCGAAUCAGAUCCAAAGAUUAUCACCAUCGACAACACUUAUUGGCUAUCGCCUUCAAUGGGCAUCGGUUCUUCCACCAGCAGUUGCAGCGUUACGAUUAAGUUGAACGCCAAAUUGCCUGAACAAGGAAAAGCCGUUUGUCAAGUCCGGUUGAAUUUUAUAAUGUUUUCCAUCGGUCAGCCGGACACGGAGUCAGUUUGUAGCACCGACACGUUCGAAGUGUUGGGAGCUUCCAACAGAAUCCCCACCAUAUGCGGAGACAACGAAGGACAACACAUGUACCUAAAUGUGCCUCCAUCGUCCACCUCUCCUACCGACUUGCAAUUGACAGUCACUUUUGGCGCUAAUUGAAAUUCUUUGCGUGGAUGGAAUGUUCUCAUUUCCAUGAUUCCUUGCGACUCCGCUAACCUCGCACCAACGGAUUGCCUUCAGUAUUUCACCGCCCGUGUGGGAAUGGUAAAAUCGUUCAACUGGCGUGAUGUUGCCGGAACAGCCACUCGCCAGUUGGCCAAUCAAGAUUACAGCAUCUGCUUCCGCACAACACCAGGAGUUACGAAAACUUUGUGUAUGACUCCAUGUACGGUGACAGCAACUGGAUCUAAAGCCUUUAGUGUUAGCACAGCGAUGACAACUCCGACCGCCGAUGCAGUUGCAGCUGUUAAGAGGGACGUGAGCCAGUUGUCAUCUCUCAACUGCAACAACGGCUUCCUCAUCAUCCCAGAGGGAUACAACAUUGGGAAUCCUACCGCCGUGCUCAACAUGGCCUUCGAUCGCUACUGCGGAGAAAAGCUCAAUGCGCUGCCAGCGAACGCUGUCUCUACCACCGUCUGCACCACUGCGACACCUUUCCGGCUGAUCUACCAUACCAAUGGUGACGAAACGACAACUGCUACGGUAGAUGCCCUUCCUGUCAAUGGAGUUGCCGUUACUAUUCCUACUAAUGGAAACAGAGGAUUCUGCCUCAAUUUUAAGAAUUCAUAAUUCUCAAUACAAGGGAUGUGUAUUCUAUACGUAUCUACUUAAUCGUGCGAUUGGUCUUUUAUUAGGUGAUGGAUGGUUCCUUUUUUAAUGAGAUUUACGCGGAUUUACGUUCAUAUGCGUCCCUGGAUAUUGGAUA